AUGCCCAUCGCUGAUGACAACAGCGUCCAUUUCACCUCCACUCUGAUGGCCCUGAUUCGCACUGCCCUGGGGAUCAAACUGGCCUCAGGCAUGGUAGCUCAGCGAAUAUCUGACUAUGAGUUAAAGAAGGAGUUGUCGACAGUGUGGCCCAGCCUCUCUCAAAAGACCAUGGAUCUGUUGGUGACGCCACAUAAACACAAUGAACUGACGGUAGGGAAGGUUUAUGCGGCCCUGAUGAUCUUCGACUACUAUAAGCAGAAUCGAGCGAGGAGGCUGCAGCUGCAACAGCAGCAACAGGGCACAUCAGGCUCCCAGUGCAAGGUCGGGGCUCUGUUUAAGCCAUUGCUGCCUCUGACUCACAUGCAGGAGAAAGAUCUGCCUAUGAUGUUAAACAGUGUGGAGCCUCCCAGCAUGCUUCAGCCCCAGCCCAAAUCCCAUGCCAAGUCCCAGCCACAGACCAGACCUAGCUCCAACUCCCUCAACAAUGGAGGCACACUGCCUGUAACCUCUUUGGAGAUGUUCACACAUUGGCUGUGUCAGGAGUCGGUGGAGAUGAGCGAGAUGGAGACCAGUGCCAGCAGUACAAUCCCAGUUCCUGGCUCAGGUCUGGAGAACCAGGGCAGAGCUGCCUCUAUGCCUCGACUCAAUGCUGAGCUGCAGCGGAGCCACUCACGGCACUCUCCAGGGAUCCAUCUAGCUUCUGUCCCUGAUGCCAGCCCUAUGAAGCGCUCAGCUUCCACUGCGGCCCCGCAGCGGCCCCAAGAGGUCAACCUGCGGGACUACACCCUGGAGAAACCCAGCCAGGACCGACCCCACCACCAUCACCAUCACCACCGCUGCCACCAUCGCAGAGACAGGGACAGAGAUAAAGACAGAGAGAAGAGGCAGAGGUCUUUGGAUGCACCUCUGGGUGGACAACCACCUAGCUCUGCUGGUGCAACAGAAGAUCCAGAGUCUGACCCAGCUGCCUCCAGAGAGCGAACCCACGACCGGGGACGCUCCCAUGACAGAAAACACCACUCCUCGGCGGACAAGCAGCGCUACUACUCCUGCGACCGCUACUGCAGUCGGGAACACUGCCACACCAAAUCUGCCACCACCAGCUGUGUCGCCUCCCCCAGCGAGGGGCAGGAAACCAGCACCAAGCAGGUGGGAGGGCAACAGCGUGUAGAGUAGGGAUACACAAGGCAUUAGACCAGGGCAGUGGUUGGGUUAAAGGAAGCCCAGUGGCACUGAGCUCCAGUUCUAGCACACCAAGCCGCGGACGUCGGCAGCUCCCCCAGACCCCCCU